CAUAACCUCAACAUUUUAGCAAGCGCUUAUAAGAGACAAGAGGCGGUCAGUAUCGGCAUUGAAGGUUGUUCCGCAAUUUUGUUGUGAAUUUAUUCCAGAUUCCCAACUCUAACCAUGUCAAACUUCAACUUGGCUUCGAUAACCAGCGCACUUGAUGAAGCGCCAACCAAAACGGGCGUCAGUUUCCAGGGAAGAGCACUCAAAUGGGAAACCGAUGCUUCAGCCAAGGAACUAAUCGACGCCAUCGAUGCGUGCGCUGGUCUACAUUUCCUUAAUCUGGAAGGAAACACGCUAGGCGUUGAUGUGGCUAGGAGAAUUGGUAAAGCGCUGGAAAAACAUCCGGAACUGAAGGAGGCACUAUGGAAGGAUUUAUUUACGGGGAGAAUGAAAACGGAAAUUCCGCAAGCUCUGAAGGCACUAGGUGAAGGUAUGAAUAUUGCUGGGGCCCAGCUUACGGUGUUGGAAUGCUCGGACAAUGCCCUGGGUCCGGACGGGAUGGUCGGUUUGAUAGAUUUACUGCAAAGUGCGAGUUGUUUCACACUUCAGGAAUUGAAAUUGAACAACUGUGGCCUGGGAAUCACCGGCGGAGGAAUGUUGGCUAAAGCCUUGCUGGCGUGUCAUGCAGCUAGUUCAAAACAAGGAAGGCCUCUGCCAUUGAAAGUUUUUAUCGCCGGGCGCAACCGGCUCGAAAACGAUGGUGCUAAGGCUCUGGCGGAAGUCUUCGGAGCUGUUCAAACACUAGAGCGUGUCGAAAUGCCCCAGAAUGGAAUUUAUUACCCGGGCAUUACUGCGCUAUCGGACGCGUUUAGACAAAACUACAACCUGAAGGUGUUGAAUUUAAACGACAACACGAUUGGACCAAAAGGGGCGGCUGCCCUUUCGGAAGCCAUUUACGAUCUUCAGUGCCUGCAGGAAAUCAAUUUAGGUGAUUGUCUGCUGAAGACAAAAGGAGCAAUACUUCUCGGUGAAGCACUUCAAGAGGCGCAUACCAACAUUGAGGUAUUGAAUUUCGGUUUCAACGAAAUCGGUCCGGAUGGUGGUUUUGCGAUUGUUCAUGCCACAUACAACAAGAGUAAUCUCAAGUCUUUGACACUAGAUGGCAAUCAUUUUGGUUUUGAAUGCCGUGAACAAUUGAGAGAAAUUUUGGUGCAGUACGAUAGAAUUGACGCUUUUGGUACCUUAGACGAGGAUGAUUCGGAAUGCGAGGAAGAAGAAGAUGAGGACGAUGAAGACAUUGACGAAGAAGAGGAUGAAGAAGAUCAGAAUGAAGAAUGCGAAGAAACUGAAGGUGACGAAAGUGAGGUCGGAGAGUCAGAUCAAACUGAACCGGAAGAGUUUCAACAAAGUCCCAAAGAAACAGACGAACCUGUUAUUCGUAACCUUCUGGUGGAGAACAACAAUGCCUCAACGAUAGACCUAGAUCAGUCACUGCCGAACACAGUGGAGGCUUAUUGUCAGACGCAUUAUCCAUCGGAAACUAUGUUCAAUUCGUUAGAGGAAACAAACAAAGCCGAAGCGUUCAAAGAAUAUCUUAAAUCCCUUCCCGACGAAGACUAUUUAGUUUAUCUUGCAUUCACGAUCCUCAAAUUGUCUGAAAUUUCUGAGAAGAGCAAGGAAGCGCUGGAAGUUUCCGAAUCUCUGUUCGCCGAUGCCUAUGAGUAUGCAAAAAGCAACAAUCGACUCAAGAGCUUGAGGGACUUUCUGCUGAUUCAACUAGGCCUGUUGAAAUGCGAAGACCGGACCUUCAAGCCCGCUUACAACACACAAGGAUGUCGCCAUGCGCUGAAGAAUGCCAUCAAAAAGAACAUCGUUCCAGAAGAGGAGCAGAGUUUCUUUAAUGUGUUCCUAGAACACCGAGGUUAGAGAUGUGAUUUUACUACUUCUAUUGUGUAUGAGCUUCUACCUGUUUUAUUAUGCUAAUAAUUUAAAAUAUCGUCUAAUAAAAAGAAAACAAAAUUAUAACUAAA